AAAAACCCUAACCUCAAAAUGUCACAUUUAUGUUUACAGUAACCUCGUGUCAACAAAGUUUAUUAAAUAAACCGACUUUAAAUUAUAAAUUUUAAAAUGUCUUUAUCACAAAAGUACUCUGGAAAAAUUUUAGUUCCAUGGUACAACAGCAAUGAAUGGAGACAUGUCAAUACAUUAGUGAAUUCAAAUGAAAAUGAAGAUCACGUAGAAGCUUUAAAGUGUUUACAUUUAUGGAAAAUCAGAACUCCCUUAUUAUUUGCUGGAAUAGAAGGUACCAUAAUCAUUCUUGAGGCACUAACAAGUGAAAAAGACACACUUCAAGAAGACCAAAUUAAACAAAUCUAUGCCCUAUCAUUAAUGAGGUUUUUAAAUGUAUGUGCAACCAAUAGUGAUAAACAGGGAAAGUUUACUAAAACAUUAGCAGCAAGUGACUUACCAAAGUGGCUAAUAAAUAUUCGCCAUGACAUUGCUCAUAACCAUAAACUCCCUGAGUUACCUGUAUUAGAAUUAGGAUUAAGCAUCUGUUUUUCCUGGUUGAAGGAAAAUUAUUGGCAUAGCCAAAAUGACAUUAUUAUGGAUUACAUUGUGCAUGAAGGAGAUCACUCUCAGUUGUUAAACUUAUUAACAUACUACAUAAGUUUAAAUUUAGAUACUUACAAAAGUGAUACAAAAUAUUUUCAUCAUUAUGAGGAUGAAGAAUUUCUAAAUUUAUGCAAGUUGGUUGUUCCAAAACAACUAAAAAUUAAAAAUCGUGCAUCAGUCCUUGCUUAUGUAGAAACUGAGUUAAAAGAAAACUUGACAACAUUUUCUGGAAAUUACAUUAAAGAAAUUGUAGCUGAGAAGGUAGUAAAAGAUAUUUUAUUUAAAGUUCAGCUAGAUUCUCCUGGAAUUAUGAAGGACUAUAAAAACUUAUGGGCACCACUCUUUAAUAUGUUACAUGAAGGAUCUAUUUUAUUCAAUGUACUUGAAAAACUAUUUGAAGUUACUUUAGAAACUACAAACAGCAGAGAAUUGAAGAUUACAGCCAGUUAUUGGAUACUAGACUUUUUUAAAACGUUCACAAAAAAUAGACAUAUUCAAAAUGAAUUUAGUGACAAAGAAAUUAAUAAAUCUGAUAACAAAUUCAAUAAAUUUGCUUUAAAAAAAAUUAUGGAGAAACACCCUGAAAUCAAGGACACUUUAGAUAUUAAUAUGUCAAUAAUACCUAUUCAGGAGGCACAUAAUUUUCAACAGAAAAUUUUAGAAAAGCCUAAUGAAUAUAUGAUGAUAUAUCUAGAUAGUAUUCUUCAUUAUAAUAAUUGUUCAGAUGAAUUUAUUAAUGAAACACACGACUUAAUUCAAAGCUAUCUUAUAACUAAGUACCCUCAAGGUAGCUACAGAAUUAUGGAUUCAGUUGAAUUUCUUAAUGACAUUAAAAAUGAUAAUGAUGAGAAUCAAAUUCCAGUUGUAGAAAAGGUGAAUUCACAGAACACUCAAUCUAAAUGGAAACCUAUUACAGAUGUUGAGUGCUAUGAUGGUUUACCAUUGGGAGUAUUACCUUCACAAUCAAGAGAGUCAAAUCCGUUAAUAAUAUUUUAAUCACAAUUGCCUACUCUGUCGCCAACUACCAGAUCUUGACCUUCCAUCAUUUUGGUCCUGUUGACGAUAAAAGCUGUUCGCCUGACUAGAUCUACUUGUUAUGUAAUCUUUUUCUUCAUAUGGUCCAACUACGAACCUACAAAAAU